CAGUAAAAGCUGAAAAUCUGGGUCACAGCUGAGGAAGAUCUCGAGCAUGGAGUCCAGGAUGUGGCCUGCACUGCUGCUGUCCCACCUCCUCCCUCUCUGGCCACUGCUGUUGCUGCCCUUCCCACCACCUGCUCAAGGCUCCUCCUCCUCCCCUCGAACCCCACCAGCCCCAGCACGUCCCCCAUGCGCCCGGGGAGGUCCCUCAGCCCCACGCCAUGUCUGUGUGUGGGAGCGGGCACCCCCACCAAGCCGAUCCCCUCGGGUUCCAAGAUCCAGGCGGCAAGUCCUGCCAGGCACCGCGCCCCCUGCCACCCCAUCAGGCUUUGAAGAGGGGCCACCCUCAUCCCAGUAUCCCUGGGCUAUUGUAUGGGGCCCUACAGUGUCUCGAGAGGAUGGGGGGGAUCCCAACUCUGCCAAUCCUGGAUUUUUGCCCCUGGACUAUGGCUUUGCAGCCCCCCAUGGGCUGGCUACCCCACACCCCAACUCAGACUCCAUGCGGGGUGAUGGAGAUGGGAUCAUCCUUAGAGAAGCACCUGCCACCCUUCGGCCAUUCUUGUUCGGGGGUCGUGGGGAAGGUGUGGACCCCCAGCUCUAUGUCACAAUUACCAUCUCCAUCAUCAUUGUUCUCGUGGCCACUGGCAUCAUCUUCAAGUUCUGCUGGGACCGCAGCCAGAAGCGCGCUAGCAACUCAGGAAACCAAGGUUCCCUGAGGAGGAGGAGAGCAGCAGCCGCUGACAGACCUGGCCCCGGCGGGGUCACUGUGCUGGGGCCUACGGGGAUUCACCCACCCCCCACCCCUGACCACGAGGAGCCCCGAGGGGGACCCCGGCUUGGGCCUGGGAUACCCCAGCCCAAAGGGGCUCCAGCCUUCCAGUUGAACCGGAUUCCCCUGGUGAAUCUGUGAUGCCCAUCAAUGUUGGGGUGCCACCAAGCAGGAGGCCAAGGGGCCGGCAUAGCCACCAUCCCACUGAGGGUAGGGCAGCUGUGGGAGCUGGGGCUGCAGGUGCUCCUGGCUUCUGCCCUGGCACACCACCCUGGAACACUCACUGGCCCUGUAGGCAAUCCUAUCUGCUCACCCUCCUUUAAGUGGGGCCUCUGGUUUCUGGUGCCCCAUCCCCACCCUUGCACACUCACAUGAAAGCCUUGCACACUCACCUCCACCCUCACGGGCCAUUGCACACACUCAUGCUCUUGUGCAGCCAGCCUUCUGCACCCUCUCCCCAUCCACCUCUCUCCCCUCUGCUGACCCCUCACAUUCUCCCUUUUGUUUCUCAUUUUUCAUUUUCUCUUCCCACAUUUCAUGCUCAUCUCAGUCACUCAGUGGUCAGUGGCUGACUUUACCAUUCCUCUCACAUGCAUUUCCUGGCCCCAUGUUGUGUUGUGUGUUGUGCUUACAUUCUCCCUCAUGA